AUGACAGAGAAAUCUCCACAGUCAGAGAAGCUCUCUGAUCGAGAGCACUAUGCCGGCCUACGUACCAGUGGCGACAGGCCUGCUGAUUCUAUGAGUUGCGAGAUCGAAACUGAGGAUGACCAAAUCUUCUCUCUGCGUGAGAUCGACCCUGUACUUGAUGCCAAGAUGCGUCUCAUCAAUAAGACAAUGGAUGAGAUCGGGUGGACAAACAUGCACCUCAAGCUUUUUUUCCUCAAUGGUUUCGGUUACGCUGCUGAUUCUCUUAUCCUUGCCCUUCAAGCUGUAACUGCCGGCCAGGCUGCUCUGGAGUUUCGUCCUGCCUUCUCUUAUGGCCUCAAUGUGGCUGUGUAUACAGGAAUGCUGGUCGGGGUGUUGUUCUGGGGACUAGGUGCGGAUGUCAUUGGUCGUCGUUAUGCCUUCAACAUUUCACUAUUCUUAUCUUCUGUAUUUGCCAUUGCGGCUGGUGCUGCGCCUAAUUGGAUUGCCCUUGCUACUUUCGUUGCUCUAGCUGCAUUUGGUGCCGGCGGGAACCUCGUUCUCGAUACUACCGUGUUCCUCGAGUUUCUCCCUGGCAACAAGCAAUGGCUUAUCACGCUGAUGGCUUGCUGGUGGGGGCUCGCAUAUGUCAUUGUUGCCGCCUUUUGCUGGCCAAUCUACUCCAAUCCCAAGUACAUUUGCAUGGACGCCGAUACAUGCACCAAAGAUAACAACAUGGGCUGGCGAUAUGUCUGGUACGGUAAUGGGGCUCUCGUCUUUGUGUGCAGCAUUUUACGAGUCACAGUAAUCCGACUCAAGGAGACCCCCAAGUACCUUCUCGCCAAAGGCGACGAUGCUGCGGUGGUAGCUAUCUUCCAAGACAUUGCAAAGGAAUAUCAACGACCAUGUAGUCUCACCCUUGAGGCGCUAGAAUCUAUGGGGACCAUCAACUCCACUUAUGGCAAGUCUAGGUACAGCGUCGGCGAGUUCUGGGCACAUAUCCAUGGAUUGUUCGUGACAAGGAAGCUUGCCAUCUCAACCGUUCUGAUUUGGAUAUCAUGGCUUCUAAUUGGCCUGGCAUAUCCACUGUUUUAUGUGUUUCUUCCUGAUUAUCUUGCCAGUCGUGGUGCCCAAACCGGAGAAUCAGGACCAUAUUAUCAGUGGAGGAACUACAUGCUCAGCAGUGUCACAGGAAUCUUCGGGCCAGUAGCUGCUGGAUUCAUGUGCAAUUCCAAGCUGCUUGGCCGCAAGUAUACCAUGGCAAUUGGAGCCCUCGUCACGAUGGCCUUCUUUUUCGCUUAUACUGCUGUCAAGACUCCGGCCCAGAACGUUGCCUUGAGCUGUGUCAUAGCUUUUACGUUGAACAUCUACUAUGGAACAUUAUACGCCUACACUCCAGAGGUACUACCAUCAGCCCAUCGCGCAACGGCUUACGGUAACACUACAACAUCUGUACCCAUCUAUGUAUGCGCUGUGCUCUAUGUUAUCAUGGCUAUUAUAGCUGUUCUUCUACCUUUUGAGCCUUAUGGGAAGCGAUCUAUGUAA